AUGUCUGCUCCGCUCGAAAUCCCAGUUGGGAGGGGGGUCCCCGACUUCGCGUCAUCCACAGCUUCUACAUCCACUUGGGACCGGAUAUCAAAUUGGGCGUCAGAGCAUAAGGCCGUUGUAUACACAAUUGCUGGUGUGGCUAUUGUUGUUACAGGCGCCGGUGUUGCAUACUAUCUGACUGAUGCGACACCGACCGUAACCGGCCGUGAUACACCAAAGAAAUCGAGUAAAAAAGAGAAGCAGAGGAAAAAGAAAGAGGAGAAGAAGGCAGUGGAUGUAGAGAAGGGAACCACAGAAAGCAAACCGAAGUCGCCGACCGUCGAAACUGUCGAGGAGCUGCCCGAGGUCGAUGAGACAACCGUUGGUAAUCUCACUGAGCAAGAACGAAAGGAUUAUGCUGGAAAGCUGAAAGCUGCCGGGAAUACCGCAUACGGAAGCAAAGACUUCGACACGGCUAUCCACCUGUACGGGAAGGCCAUCCUCUGCAAGCCCGACCCUAUCUUCUACUCAAACCGCGCAGCAUGCUACAAUGCUCUUGGACAAUGGGAGAAGGUCAUUGAGGACACCACGGCAGCCAUCAAUCUGAAUAACGAAUACGUUAAGGCUCUGAACCGGAGGGCGAACGCAUACGAGCAUCUCGAGAAGUUCAGCGAAGCCCUGCUCGACUUUACCGCAAGUUGUAUUAUCGAUAGCUUCCAGAAUGCGUCUAGCGCAGAAGCCGUUGAGAGAUUACUCAAGAAGGUGGCAGAGACUAAAGCAAAGGCCAUUCUUGCAACCAAAGAUAAAAAGCUCCCUAGCUCAUCAUUCGUCACAAAUUACCUGCAAAGUUUCCGAGCUCGACCAGCACCCGCGGGAUUAGAUGACAAGACCGAACUCGCUGAAGAUACUGGGAAGGGACAAUUACAAUUGGGAUUGCGUGCAAUGGAGAAGAAGACUGGUGAUGGGUACGAAGAGGCAGCAGCUGCCUUUGACAAGGCCUUGGACUUGAACGAACUCGGCGAGCAUGAAGCCUUUGCGUACAAUAUGCGUGGAACGUUCAGAUACCUCCGCGGCGAGAAUGUGGAGGCAUUGAGCGAUCUCACCAAGAGCAUCGAUCUCCAACCGUCCCUGACCCAGAGCUAUAUUAAACGUGCAAGCAUGCACUUGGAAUUAGGCAACAAGGAUUCUGCUGCAAAUGACUUCGAAAAGGCCAUGGAUCAUAAUGAUAACGAUCCCGACAUUUACUACCACCGCGCACAACUCCACUUCAUCCUCGGGGAAUUCGCAGAAGCUGCCAAGGACUACCAGAAGUCCAUUGAACUCGAUCGCGACUUCAUCUUCUCCCACAUCCAGCUCGGUGUCACACAGUAUAAGAUGGGCUCCAUUGCCUCAUCCAUGGCGACGUUCCGCCGAUGUAUCAAUAACUUUGGUACAGUACCAGAUGUCUACAACUAUUAUGGAGAAUUGUUGUUGGAUCAACAAAAGUACGAGGAGGCAAUUCAGAAGUUUGAUACUGCGGUCGAGAUGGAGAAGCAGACCAAGCCCCUGGGAAUGAACGUCCUUCCUUUGAUCAACAAGGCUUUGGCACUGUUCCAGUGGAAGUCGGACUUCGGCGAGGCUGAAAAGCUCUGCCAGAAGGCUUUGAUCAUUGAUCCUGAAUGCGACAUUGCUGUUGCAACCAUGGCUCAGUUAUUGCUACAGCAGGGUAAGGUUACAGAGGCACUCAAAUAUUUCGAGCGAGCUGCCGAGCUCUCUCGAACCGAGGGUGAGAUUGUCAAUGCCCUGUCAUAUGCGGAAGCCACACGUACGCAACUAGAAGUGCAGGAGAAAUACCCACAGCUUGCAAAUAGGCUCCAGGGGAUAAGAGGAGGCAUGGGUGGCAUGAUGUAA